GAAGUUCUCGGGGCUCUGGGGGAGCAGGGUGGAAGGGUUGUUGAAAUCGAAGGUGCUUUUCACUGGAAAGUGCCUUUUUUCACAAAAGGAAUGUCUUGAAACAUCUUUUUGUAUUGAUUGCAGCAAAACUUUAUUCCAGGAAAGGGGAAAUAGUUCUGAGACAGCCCAGCAUUUGCAGAGCAAAACUGGGAGGUGGAGGCUGGCUCUGGUCCGUUCAGCAACCUUGUGAAUGACUCUUGUGUGUAAAGACCAGAGAUCAGGGAUACAGAUAAUACAAUCAGCUAAAAAAUGAGAGUUUUUUCUUUUUUUAAAAAUUUAAUCUCAGGAUGUUCGCUGUUAUUCAGUUUCUGGUAUGGAAAAAUAUUCAGAAUAGCUGAAUUUUGGCAAAAUAGAAAAUUUGGUUUCUCCUGUCUGCCAUUUACGCUGAGGUUUUGAAAAUUGUCUCUAGGAUGCUUAGGAGCAGGGAUCCUGGGAGGCUGCUCUGUCUCACUCAUCUUGAGCUGGAGCAUCACACUGGGACUUCCUAGAGAGCGUUUUGCAUUGCUGGCCCAAAACUACUGGGGAUGUACAAACUUGUUAAGCCUCCUAAUUACACAGCAGACGCAGUAAAACUCUGUUAUGUGAAGUACUUCAUAUUGUUCUCUGGCAUUGUUUGUUUGACAGGUUUGUCCUGUUUCCCUCUUAAUUCUGCAAAAAAAGCAGUCCCUGCAGGAGCUGAUUUUUUUUGCAGGCAGGGUGGUAACAGCUCCGUGACUGCCAGAGCUGUGUGCGUUGGGGAUUUGCAAGAAUAGAUUGCCCAAAGAGCUCCGUUCUGGGGUUUCCAGGAACACAAAUGCAAUAAUAAUAUAUGUACAGCAUCAGCUAGAGAUGGGGCUAGCUGCCAUUUGGUGGUAAAUAGGAAGUCAUGGAAACAAAAACUACCAUAAAUUAUUAGGAAACAGAAAAGGAAGACUUAUUGACAUGGAAUCCUUAAUGCCUGUAGCCACUUCCAGCCAACACUGAGGAAAACUGUAGAAAGUCUGUAAGGUACUCUGAUGCCUGUGACAAGUCCUGAAGGUCCUUCCUGAAUCCCAGUGCCUAGGCCCUGUGAGAAGGCUGAUGGUGCAGGAAGAAAACAAGCUGCUUCCUUGAAGAGUUCAAGCCUUGGCAUUCUUGUGGCAAGAUCCUGUGGCAGUUUACGAAAUUGUCAAGGGGGUCUAAAACAAGAGGAAGGCUGUCUGGUUGGUGUAUUAGCUGUUGGUCACAUACACCUGGUCUGAAAGCGACUGGCGUCUGAAACACCUUGGACCUGCCAAAGGCAACCUAGUCUACCUGUGGAUGCUGUGAACUAGGAGCUGACCAAAAAGUAGGAGAGCUCCAGGAUCCAUCCCUGGAAAAGAGUGCUGCUGAGGUGAGUGCAGAAGAAUGGCUGCGGCAGAACCUCUGACUGCUUUCUCCCGAUGGUACCUCUAUGCCAUCCAUGGCUAUUUCUGUGAGGUGAUGUUCACAGCUGCCUGGGAGUUUGUGGUCAACUUCAACUGGAAGUUCCCAGGCGUUACCAGUGUGUGGGCACUAUUCAUCUAUGGCACCUCCAUCCUUAUUGUGGAGAAGAUGUAUCUAUAUCUCAAAGACAAGUGUAACAUUUUAGUGCGCUGCUUCAUUUACACACUUUGGACAUACCUCUGGGAGUUCACCACUGGCCUCAUCCUACGCCAGUUCAAUGCCUGCCCAUGGGACUAUUCCCAGUUUGAUUUUGACUUCAUGGGCCUGAUCACUCUGGAAUAUGCCAUCCCUUGGUUUUGUGCUUCUUUCAUCAUGGAACAGCUGGUGAUCAGAAACACCCUGCGCUUACGAUUUGAUGAGACUGCUGAGCCGGGGGCUCCCACCGUCCCCGUUGCCUUGGCCAAUGGCCACGUGAAGACAGAUUGAGCAGUGACUUAGAAUCACACUUAGCAGUCUGGGAGAGCCCAGACCGCUAGCACGGACUGUCAGCUCUGGCUCCGAGGUACUGCUCCUUGCUGUAUGAUAAGAUUCAUAAACCCCAUUUUUCUAAUGGGGGUGUGCAUGGGAUAUACCAGAAAAAAUGGAACCAGUAGAUUUUCUAUGGAUUUUACUCUUUGGGCUCCAAGGACCAAUAUCAGUUACCUGUUAGUUAAGUCAUUUCUGAUUUUAACUUAUUACAGAUGAAAGCAGUCCUUUUGCUUACACUUUAACAUGGAGAAAGAAGAAAAAGAGAUGCUACAGUGGAAGUGCAUCCAAAAAGAAAAACACCUAAUUAUUUGAUGGUCAUGGACACGCCAGCUGAGUUAGUGAUUGGCUUACUCCAUUAGGCAAUAUUCAGGUGCUUGCUUGCAACCAAUACCUCCUGUGGGACCUGAGAUGCUGCAGGAACAAGGAAAAUCCAUCUGCUGUUGUGAAGAACCUAAGACUGGCAGUCUGCUGGGGAGGUAGAUGGUGUUACCCUCGCCAGGUCCCAUUGGCCUCUCCCCAGGUUCUUUUUUGCACCAUGAAAUAAUCUGGUGCUGGACAUCUCACUGAAUUUAUACAGAUCUUGUACUUUUUGAAAUCUCAGUCCUGAUACUUACUAGAAAUUUUUUCUUUUUUUCUUUUUUUUCUUUUUUUUUUAAUGAAGGUCUUUUUUGCCAAGUGAAUUUUACCAUAAUCUGUGCAAUCUGAAUCUUGGCAAAAGGCGCAACAAAUAGUGCAAGUCUUCCCAUCUCCUCUGUACUCCCAAAGUAGACCUUGCCUAACAGUCUGCUUCAGAUUCCAGCUCCCAUCUCAUCCAUGCAAACCUUGUAGAGACUAUACAGGCCACAAGAGUUUUCUGCCUUCCUUUCCAGGGAUUUCUCUGUUUCUGGUAAUGUUGGUGACUUAUUCUGGCUGCAGCCCAUUGUAUUUGGAGGUCAAAACCUUCCUGUGGCUAAUGUAUCUGGGAUUUGGUCCUCUAGCACUGACUUUCAUGUCCCUUCAGCACUGGCAGGCCUUGGCUCAGUUCUGCCCAGUUUUCUCCUCAGUGUAUCAAGUGGAUUUGCUUUUUCUUCCCAAAUUCAGCUUUAAUUAACCACAACCAUAUUGUCAUGACAAUAAUUGGAGGCAGCAAGAGAUAUACCAUGCUGCCUGAUACAUUUAUUAAAAAAAAAAGAAAGCAAAAAACCCUUCUCUGAAGAGCACUUAAUUCUUCAUGGUCUGCUUGAAUGAGACUUUGAGUUAGGGUACAAGAGCAGCAGUAGAGAGGUGGAGCAGAAGGGAACACCUAUGGAGUACAAGGACAAUUGUGGUACAGGGAAGGUUUUUGAUAGUGGCAGCCAAAAGUUCACAGUUUACUCAGGCAAGUCUUGGCUUUUGAAGUUGGCAACAAACACAGAGCUUCCAGCUGUCAGAUGUCUCACUCCUGAGCUGGGUUAUGGGGAAGGUUUCUGUAGUUGCCCUGUAGGGUCAGAUUAAUUUUUUGUGUUCUUCCACCAGCGGAGCUGUACCAGGGAUCAAUUUGGCUUGAAAUGCAAAUGUGUUGUGGGAUUCCACUCUUGUUUUGGAAGUAGUUGGGCUAUUUCUGUGUAGGUCCCUUGUCUCUGGUAGGGGGUGCUCAACUGUGAACCUGCUUCUUGCCCUGCGGCAGCCAUUCCUGAGAGGAAAAGCACUGUUGGCCCUGUGAGUUGAAUUGUUUCUUGGUUCUGCUCUUAUGAAGGCAGUGUUAAUCCUUUUUUGUAUCACACAGAGAGCAAUUAUUUUAUUCCUCCCCUCCCCUUUCUCAUGUGGCAUCCAUUGCUGGCAAUGGACACAGGAAAGCAGUGGUGCAAGGAGUUAAUCAAAUCUGCCCUGGGUAUGCAAUGUCUCCUGAAGCACUGAGAAUACUUAGGUGGAUAUUUAGAGUCUCCUUUUUAUAGUUCAUUAAAUUAAAAGAGAACAAACACUGAACAGAUAGUUCUUCUGAUGCUGUGAUGCCAGUAUUAUGAAAUAAGAAUAGUAUGUAGUUUGUCAGCCUUGUUGGUCUCAGGCAUAUAGACCCAGGCAAAAUAGUCACCUGACACUGUACAUGGAGUUAAAAAAAAGAUUUGUGCAUGGGAUAAUGUAGAUGAGCUGUACUGGAGCAGAACAAGAAUUGCAAGGUGCAGAUGAGAGUGGGAUCUCACCAUUUUGGCCCUGGUUCUGUCAAGGUUAUCAAACACAGUGUCUAAAGCUGGGUUGUCCUCUCAUAGCAUAGCUUAAGUGUGGUGUUGUGCUGCCUCCUACAUCACCCCCACAUCAUGUAAAACCCUCAGCCUCAUGGAAACAUCCUUAGGAUCCCUGCUUUCUCCUUAGCUGUUAAAAAACUUUAGAAAGGUUAAAAGGAGUUAGCAGUGUGGUUUGGAGGAGUGGCUGUCCACAGAGCUAACCUGGUACACAGUAACAGCUAUGUGUCUGUUAUUGUCUGUACUUUAGAAGGUCCCAGCUAAAUGCCACUGGUUUUGCUCAGUGGGGUAAUAUUUAGAUGCUCAAAAUAUGGAGGGGUUUCCUAGCAGCAUCUAGUAUCUAGAGCAUUAUCCUUAUUGCCUGUGUCAUUGUAACAACUGUUUUGUCUGUUUUCCACUGAUGUCUGACGUGUACCACCCAGCUAUUGCAUCUUUAUAGAGUGGUAAUUUAUACCCAGAAGUGCACUUUACUUGCAGCUUGCACACCAGAAACAGAAAAGGACCCAUCAAAUUCUUAAAUCAAUUAAUUAUGUAUAACACCACAUACCUAAUGCAACAGGAUUAGCCAGACUUCUCCGUUCUGAGCAACAUGGCUGCAGUCAGAGCUUCGUCUUUUCUGCAAAAUCUCCCUUUUUAAUACAUGUGAUGCUUCUUACAACAUCUUGCAGAAGUGCCCAGAGCACAUUACCAGGAUUUUGGCGGCAGCUCAGUGAGAGCUUCAGAGCUGGACUGAAGUUGAAGAGACAUUUACAUUAAGAAGAAAAAAACGCACAAGGCCUAACAUUUGUUGUAUGUGUAUCUUCCUCAGUAGAUUAAAGUUGCCUGUUUUGAGUUCACCAGCAAUAAAAAAACCUUGUGAUUUA